CUCGGCGAUUUACCAGAUCCACACCGGCUUCACCGAAAUGUUUUCGGGUUUAAACGGCAAGGGGGAAGCAUUGAGUGGACGUGGAUGUGGACAUCUCCGUGAUCGCUGUAAAGAUCUGCCCUGAUUCUGAGGUGCAUAACCCCGCCAUUGGAGGGGUACAGGUACAGGUACAGGGACACGUACAGUCUACACCGACAUCUCCACUUUCACUUGCAGCUGGAGCUGUUUAACCUCCUCCCCUUCGACUCAACUUAACUUCCUUGACCCAGAUCCUACCAAUUCCCUAUCAAGAAUUCUAUAUUGGUAUUCCCCUCAAAAUGGUCUACACAAUCGUCGUUCACCUCCGCGCAAAGCCCGAUCAAGAAUCCAUCACCAAACUCCACGCAAAACUCCUCGAGGCAUCCGCCGUCUACUCAAAGGACAAAGAGACGCUAUCCUGGUUCGUUAUGCAAUCCGUCCACGACAAGCAGGAUUUCACCAUCGUCGAGCGAUACCUCCAGGAGUCGUCGCAGGAGUACCAUUUGAAUAACCCUUAUUGGAAGACGUUUGAUCCUUACGUUAUUCCCUUGUUGGAGAAGGAGAUGGAUUUGAGAAGGUUUGAGGAGUUGGUUCCUGAGAACUGAGUUCCGUUUUCUCCCAUUGGAUAGGGAUAUUAAGGAUGUAACUAGCUAGAAAUGCUGCAUAUAAAAAUCACCUUUUUCAACUAUUCGAUUGCGGGUAUACGAUAGUCU